AUGGCUCCUGAUCUGGGUAAGCAGAUGAAACACUCUGUCAAGACCCAGAGGCAAAAUUACCAACAGGGGUUGUCUGAUGCCAGGGUGUCACAAAUAAGCCGAACAAUCAGGGAGCGUUUGACGGGGAAAGCGACUGUGACAAUAACAAGGGAACCGUCCCUUCCUCCCUCGACAUCGACCUCGACUUCCACGCCUUCUGAGGACAUUGGCCCAGAGGAUGAUCCUGUUUUGCUGCACCGAAGUCAUCCCCAGUGGGCCGACUCUAGUUUAGACUCCCCAGCUAGGGCAAAUUUAAUAAGAAUGGCUCCCGAAGAGGACAGCCCCCUUGUUCAGCGAAUCAAGAAAAGGAAGUUGAUAUUGUCCUCGGAUUCCGAAGAGGGAGAGGCUCCUUUUUUUACUAGUGAUGCCACACCUGAAAUAUUUCAGAGUUCCCCCUCACCGACACGGCAAUUCGCAUUUUUUUCACCACUGACAGCGCCCUCACCCUCCUCGGCACCCACUCAACCACCUUCUCCUUCUCCUUGCUCCUCCUCUGCUCCAACCUCUCAAUUCUUGGAUCCAACACUAAGACGUGCUGUUACACAGAAGGCCUCACCUGUUUUUGAUGGACAUAAGGUUAGUGGCAGGAAACGGAUGAGCAUGGAAGAAGAGGACAUUGUCCGACAAUAUUUUGGUGAUUUUUUAAAUGGCAAAUACCCUAUCUUUGCCAAAAACGUCAGUUUACACAAGAAACAAACAUGGUUUUUUGGACACCAUUUGCAAUAA